AUACAGUCAGCUGACAGCCUUUAAAAGCUGCGUCACAAAGCACGAACUUUAUUCUCGAGUCGGACAAGUCUGUGGACGUCUUCGAGUGGAAAACAUCAAAGCUUCUGGAAGAAGAAGAAGAAGAAGGAGCAGCAGAAAAAUGGCCGUAACGGUGAAAGCGUACCUGCUGGGCAAAGAGGAGGCGGUGAGAGAGAUCCGCAGGUUCACGGUGGACCAAGACGUGUCCAGUAGCUAUCUCAGUAGCAAAUGCUGUGACAUGUUCUCCUGUCUGAAGAGUUCUACCUUCAACAUGUUCUACCGAGACGAGGAAGGAGACCUGGUGGCGUUCUCCUCGGAUGAAGAGCUGAUGAUGGGCCUGACCAGCAUGAAGGACGACACUUUCCGUGUUUUCAUCAAAGAGAAGAAAGAACAUCGCCGAGACUUCCCACUUCACGCCUUCCCGCCUUCCACCUUCAACCACCCUCCACCCGGAGCCCCCCCUGCCUCCCACCCGCCCCUGCACCCUAACGUGACGUGUGACGGCUGCAACGGCCCCGUGGUGGGCGUCCGCUUCAAGUGCAGCGUCUGCCCCGACUAUGACCUCUGCUCUACCUGCCAGGGGCGAGGGACGCACACUGAGCAUGCUCUGUUACCCAUCUGGCACCCGCUGCAGGCAUGGUUCCCUCGGGGCAAGUGGAUGAAGAGGAUGAGACACUGUGCGAAGAGCCAGACCAGGGCAGGCGCCCCCGGAACUGCCCCCGCUGGUGCUCAAGCCGGCCUCAGCUUCCUGAAGAAUGUUGGCGAGGGCGUGGCAGCCAUGUUGAGCCCACUGGGCAUCGACGUAGACAUCGAUGUGGAGCACCAGGGCCAUAAGACUAAGGUGACCCCACCCCCUCAGAGUGAAGGUGAUGUGGAGAUGAGUGGGGACCCCGAGGAGGGGGGAGCCACCGGGGAGGGUGCAGCCGGAGGUGACUGUCAGCCAGCAAAGGUGAGCAGAGACGAAGAUGAUGAGUGGACUCACCUGAGCUCCAAAGAGGUGGACCCGUCUAGCGGAGAAGUGCAGUCCUUGCAGACCGGGAUCCAGGACCUCAAAGUGGACCAGCGUCCUCCUGCGGACACACAGCAGGGUCCUUCGGGUUUGAAGGCGGCGGCUCUGUAUCCUCACCUUCCUCCAGAGGCUGACCCACGGCUGGUGGAGUCGUUGUCCCACAUGUUGUCCAUGGGCUUCACCGACGAGGGCGGCUGGUUGACACGCCUCCUUCAGACCAAAGAUUUUGACAUCGGAGCUGCGCUGGACGCCAUCCAGUACGCCAAGAAGCUCUAGUGAUGUCACUGCUUCUUUUGAUUGAUUUGUCUUCAUUAAGAAUCAAUACAUUUUCUUCAAAGCUCAAUAAAAACCUUUGGAGAUCGUCAA